AGAGACAAAGGGCGCGAAAAAAAAAUAUAGCAUGUGCGCAUGCAAUACUACAAUAUAGAUAGGGCUGUAUUCGCAAGCGAGAAGGACGUCGCAUUCUCUCAUCCACUUCCGAUUCCUCAUUCACUCUCAGAAUCAUCGUAAUUCCACAAUUGCGAUUCAUGGGAUUCACAAAAACCUACAAGGACGGGACCACUCCCACGGUCGCCAUUAUCGGAGCAGGCAUUUCUGGCCUUUGCGCAGCAAUCCAACUACAACGGCAACUCCAGUUGACGACUUACACGGUUUUUGAGCUCGAGUCCGACAUUGGCGGAACCUGGUUGAACAACUCUUACCCAGGAUGCCAAUCGGAUGCGCCUAUUCAUCUCUACAGUUACUCCUUCGCCCCGAACUACGACUUUUCCAAAAAGUUUGUUCCGCAGAGUGAGAUACUGGCAUAUCUCAAGGCAACAGCCAAGACAUACAACAUCUACGACAAGAUUCAGUUCCAGACCAGGAUUAUGACCAUGCAAUGGCAUGAGGGACGCCGAAACUGGAUCUUGCAUUGGGUCAAGAGCAGUACUGGCGAAGAGGGGGCUUAUGAAGUAGAUGCGAUCAUUCAUGCGACGGGUGUGCUCCGGUUGCCCAACAUCCCAAAGGAGUUCGAAGCCUUUGAAGGCAACAAAUGGCAUUCAGCCAGAUGGGACCAUUCAGUUGAUAUCACUAACAAACGCGUCGGUGUUGUUGGAAUCGGUGCUAGUGGUGUCCAGAUUGUGCCAGCGAUUGCAGACAAGGUGAUGUCCUUGGAUAUCUACGGGCGCUCUCCAUACUACAUCACUCCACAAAUGAACAUUACCUACACGCGCCCCUGGAAGUUCCUCUUCCGUCAUGUACCGUUCUUCUACACGCUGUACAGAAUGUUUUGGUUCCAUUACGUAGACUCUACGAUCCUACUCUAUCACAAACUGGCUUGGUACUCUGUUUUCCACCGCGCUUUUGUCUACCUGGUCACCUGGUUUCACCGCUUCUUACAGUUCCCCUUCAAUGGAGAAUUGAGACGCAAAACAACGCCGGAGUAUCAAGUCGCGUCCAGACGAAUUAUUCUCUCUGACAGGUAUUAUCCAACAUUGAAAAAACCGCAUGUUAUGCUGCAUAAGGAUCCGAUCGUCUCGAUUAAAGAUAAGACGAUUGAAACAAGUGGUGGAUCCAAGCGGGAGCUGGAUGUGUUAAUCCUUGCGACUGGAUUUGACUGGAUCUCUAACUUCCCGGUGGGCUACUGGACAGGCCGAGGUGGUAUCGAUAUUGCGACAAAUUGGGGUGAAAGCCCCAUCACUUAUUACGGCACCUGUGUUCCUGAUGCGCCUAACUUUUUCUUGAUCUGGGGACCUAAUGCCGGCAUUGCUCACCAUUCUCUGACAACUAUGAUUGAGAUCCAAGUCAUGUACGCGAUCAACGCCCUAUCAUAUAUGAUGGAACAAGAUCUCGAUUCAAUGGGGAUCAAGCAAUCGGCUGCCGAGGAGUUUCUGAAUACUCUGGAUCGAAGAAUGGAGCGUACGAUCUUUACUACUAAAGUCAAGCCGAAGUUCAUCAACAGCAAGGGGAAGUGUCGCGGAUUUUGGUGGGGCAGUGUCACCGAGUUUUGGUGGCACAUGAAGGACCUUCAUCCGGAACGGUUUGAUACGGAAAAGAGAGGAGAGCUAUCAGGCGAAGUGCUCCUGAACGGCACCGCGUCGCGACCGGAGAAGAAAUCCAUCGGAGGAUAAAUAUUGCUAAAGCCGAAUCGCGAUAAAAACGCGUCUCUCGACCGC